AAAAAAUCCUAAAACUAGGUAAAAAAUAAAAUAAAAUAAAAUCAGUGAACGCACACUGGAAAACAGAGGCACGCCUCGGGUGGAAUCGGCACCGCCGCCCGCCAUCAUGCAUCCCCCUUCAUGGGUAAAACGUUGGCGGCGUACCGCGGAGAUCAUUUCUGGCGGACGUGUUGUGCUAACGCAAUGGUUUGUACGGCUCACCUUCCCGUUUGUUGACGUGGCCUUUACCCAUUGGUGGAUGGACAAGUCCCGGCGUGAUACCAUGCCUUUUUCGCCGUGGACCAUUUUUUAUUAUCUUUAUAUGUAGGGAUCAACGAGAAAGAAAAUGUAGAUAAUAUCGAGAAUAUAAUUUUUUUCAACGGAAUCAAAAGAUAGUUUAUUUAAAGGGUAGUAGUGAGAAUCAGUUUCAAUAUUAAGGUGGUGGAAUGGUUUUUGCUUAGAUGUGGACCAUAACUGAUGUAUUUUAUUUAUUUAUUUUUGCUGGUGCUGCAUGAGCCAUGCUUUAUAUAUGUUCUAGAUUGCCACUAGAAAUGGUUCAAACUUCAAAGGCUGGAAGCCUGGAACAAUGCCGGAUUUGGUUUAAAAUCACUAGAAGCAUGGUAGAAGUCCACGAUUAGGCAUGAACCUUAACUGAAAAGUGAAAAUUCUAUUAACUAUUGUACACAGUAAUUUCUUUUUCUUCUUUCAAAUGCCUAAUGCAUAAGCAGAUGAAGCAAAUGAUGCAUUAACUUACCUCAUCAUUUCGCAUUAGUCAACACUUGAGAAAACUUAAAUUUUAUAUACACAAGUUUCUCAAUGUAUCCUACCCUAAAUGCAAGAUUGAGGCGCUAUUGACAUCAUAUUUUCCAUGCCACACCUUAUUAUUUAUUCGUCUUGUGAUUUAAGUUUUGUAUUUCUAGUGUAAUUUAAGUUCACGGCCAUGGAUUUUACAACUCUGUAUUUAAUAAUGCCAACGCCUUUUUUAAUUAAAUUAUAAAAUCAUUACUCCGUAUAAGAAUGAUGCAUGGCCUUACCUCAUCAAGUUUCGUAGUGUGAAGACCAAGCAAAUGUGUAAGAAUAAAGAAGAAUAAAAGAAUCCGUACAAGUCCUCUAUAUCCAGUGUUCCUAUAUAUAUGUAUAUGUAUGCAGGUCUGAAGCUAAAAUAGAUUGUCCAUAUCAUCAUGGCUCAAUUAGUUGGUGCAGAUGAAAUAGAAUCAUUCAGAAUUGAGCUAUCAGAGAUAGGAAGAAGCUUGAGGUCAUCAUUUCGGAGUCAUGCCACAAGUUUUCGAAACAAUUCAGUUGUAAGUUCUGCAAAAGAUGUUGAUCUUGAUGAUGAAUCUGUGUUACAAUGGGCUGCAAUCGAUAGACUGCCAACAUUUGAGCGAUUAAGAACUUCUUUGUUUGAUGAGAAUGAUGGAAAUGAAGCUGAUGGUAGAGGAAGACAAGUAGUUGAUGUGACUAAACUUGGUGCUCCGGAAAGGCAUAUGUUCAUUGAGAAGCUCAUUAAACAUAUUGAACAUGAUAACCUUCGUCUGUUGCAGAAAAUAAGAAAGAGAAUAGACACAGCUGGUGUAAAAUUGUCUGCCAUUGAAGUCAGAUACACCAAUUUGUCAAUAGAAGCGGAGUGUGAGGUUGUUUAUGGAAAGCCCCUACCAACUCUAUGGAAUUCUCUAAAAAGCAUGCUUUUGGAGCUUGCCAGGCUUCCUUGUUUACAGUCAAAACAAGAGGCUAAGAUAGGCAUCAUAAAUGGUGUUAGUGGUAUCAUUAAACCAGGAAGAAUGACUCUGCUGCUUGGUCCUCCUGGGUGUGGAAAGACCACAUUACUGAAAGCUCUCUCUGGAAAUUUGAACAAAUCACUCAAGGUUACUGGUGAGAUUUCAUACAACGGCUAUAAAUUGGAAGAGUUUGUGGCACAGAAAACUUCAGCUUAUAUAAGUCAAUAUGAUCUACAUAUCCCUGAAAUGACUGUCAGGGAAACCCUUGAUUUUUCAUCACGAUGUCAGGGUAUUGGAAGCAGGGGAGAAAUUUUGACGGUGCUUACUAGAAAGGAGAAAGAAGCAAAAAUUGUUCCAGAUCCAGAUAUAGAUACUUAUAUGAAGGCAAUUGCUGUGGAAGGACAAAAGACAAGUCUUCAGACAGACUACAUAUUAAAAAUUCUCGGAGUUGAUAUCUGUGCCGACACAUUUGUUGGAGAUGCCAUGAGGAGAGGUAUAUCUGGAGGUCAGAAGAAAAGAGUGACCGCAGGCGAGAUGAUUGUUGGACCAACAAAAGCAUUGUUUAUGGAUGAAAUUUCAAAUGGCUUGGACAGCUCGACUACAUAUCAAGUUGUUGCUUGCCUUCAACAAUUAGCACAUAUCACAGAUGCUACUGUACUUGUGUCCCUUCUCCAGCCUGCACCAGAAACUUUUGAUCUUUUUGAUGACAUCAUCUUGAUGUCAGAGGGGAAGAUUGUCUAUCAUGGGCCUCAAUGUGAUAUUUUAGAAUUUUUUGAGGAUUGUGGAUUUAGGUGUCCUGAAAGGAAAGCACUCUCUGAUUUUCUGCAGGAGGUUAUCUCCAGGAAAGAUCAGGAACAAUAUUGGUGUAAAACUGAGCAUACUUACAGUUUCGUUUCUGUUGAUACAUUGUCUAGGAGAUAUAAGGAGUCUCCUUAUGGAAAGAAGCUUAGCAACGAGCUUUCUGUGCCUUUUGAGAAGUUUAAGAGCGACAAUAAAGCCAUUAGUUUUGAUGUGUAUUCUCUUCCUAAAUGGGAUCUCUUUAAAGCCUGUAUGUCCAGAGAAAUUCUUCUCAUGAAAAGGAAUUCUUUCGUUUAUGUAUUCAAAUCUGUUCAGCUUGUCAUUAUUGCAUCAAUAACUAUGACCGUGUUCUUGCGGACUCAGAUGGAUAUUGAUCUUGUCCAUGCCAACUAUUACUUGGGGUCUAUAUUUUAUUCUCUUAUCAUUCUUCUUGUUGAUGGUUUUCCGGAGCUCAAUAUGACUGUUGCAAGACUUGCCGUUUUCCACAAACAGAGAGAUUUGUACUUCUACCCAGCCUGGGCAUAUGCGAUUCCAGCCACUAUUCUCAAGAUUCCUCUCUCAUUGUUGGAAUCUGUAGUAUGGACUUCUCUCACUUAUUACACUAUUGGGUAUAGCCCAGAGGCAGGGAGGUUUUUCCGCCAAAUGAUAAUAUUAUUCGAAGUGCACUUCACCUCAAUAUCUAUGUUCCGUUUCUUGGCAUCUGUCUGCCGGACAGUGGUGGUAUCUACAACAGCUGGUAGUUUGUCAAUACUAUUUCUGUUACUCUUUGGUGGCUUUUUGAUCCCAAAACAAUCCAUGCCGAUUUGGUUAAAAUGGGCAUUUUGGGUUUCUCCACUAUCGUAUGGGGAGAUAGGGCUUGCGUUGAAUGAAUUUCUUGCUCCUAGAUGGCACAAGGAGCUGUCUGGUAACACAACAGUAGGACAAGAAACACUUGAAAGCCGUGGGUUAAGCUUCGGUGGACAUCUUUAUUGGAUAUCAGUUGGUGCACUUUUUGGGUUUAUAGUACUGUUCAACAUUGGGUUUACCUUGGCCCUAAGCUUCUCCAAACCUUCUGUUUCUCGUGCAAUUGUUUCAAGCGAAAAGUUCUCUCAACUACAAGGAAGUAACGAAUAUGAUAGCCAAGCCCAAGCAGAAGAACAGUCCAAAAAAUCCCCUGGUACCAGUACAAAAUCUCAUAGAGACAGAAUGGUUUUACCCUUUGAACCCCUCACCCUAGUGUUUCAAGAUGUGCAAUACUAUGUUGAAACCCCUAUGGCAAUGAAGGAGCGAGGUUUCACUCAGAAAAAGCUGCAACUUCUUUGUGAUAUCACUGGUUCAUUUAGACCUGGUAUUCUUACAGCACUAAUGGGUGUCAGUGGGGCUGGCAAAACAACUCUUCUUGAUGUUCUUUCUGGUAGAAAAACUAGCGGCACUGUGGAAGGAGAAAUAAAAAUUGGAGGUUAUCCGAAAGUCCAAAGAACAUUCUCUAGGAUUUCGGGUUACUGUGAGCAAACUGACAUACAUUCUCCUCAAAUUACUGUUGAAGAAUCACUCAUCUUUUCUGCAUGGCUGCGUCUUCAUCCCCAGAUUGAUUCAAAGACAAAAUAUGACUUUGUGAAAGAAGUCCUUGAAACGAUUGAGCUUGAUGAAAUUAAAGAUGCAUUAGUGGGCAUGCCUGGGGUUAGCGGCCUGUCAACUGAGCAACGCAAGCGGCUCACAAUAGCUGUGGAACUCGUUGCUAACCCUUCUAUUAUCUUUAUGGAUGAACCAACAACUGGACUGGAUGCUAGAGCAGCUGCAAUUGUCAUGCGGGCAGUAAAAAACGUGGCAAAUACUGGGAGGACGAUAGUUUGCACCAUUCACCAACCGAGUAUCGAUAUAUUUGAAUCAUUUAAUGAGUUAGUUCUUUUGAAAGCUGGAGGACGCAUGAUCUACUGUGGGCCGUUAGGUCAGGAUUCCUCUAAAUUAAUUGAAUAUUUUGAGGGCAUCUCUGGCGUACCAAAAAUUAGAAAUAACUACAAUCCAGCUACAUGGAUGUUAGAGGUCUCUUCCACUUCUUCAGAAGCUGAACUUGGUGUAGACUUUGCCAUGGUUUAUAAACAAUCUGCCUUGUACGAGUAUAAUAAACAGCUUGUAAGAAAGAUAAGCACCCCGCCUCCUGGUUCACAAGAUUUGCAUUUCCCCACCCGCUAUUCACAAAGUGAUUGGCGACAGUUCAAAUCCUGCCUCUGGAAGCAGCACUGGUCUUACUGGAGAAGUCCUUCAUACAACUUGAUGCGCUCAAUUUAUAUGCUAUUCUCGUCUUUGCUUUUUGGAUUCUUAUUUUGGGAUCAGGGGAAGAAAAUACAUACUCAACAGAGUCUGUUCACUGUGCUUGGUUCAAUGUUCAGUGCCACACUCUUUUGUGGCAUAAAUAAUUCAUCUUCGGUGUUGUCAUAUGUUAGCACAGAGCGAACUGUUUUCUACAGAGAAAGAUUUGCUGGAAUGUAUGCUUCAUGGGUUUAUCCAGCUGCACAGGUCAUUAUUGAGAUUCCAUAUCUCUUAGCCCAAGCACUUGCAUUUACAGUCAUCACUUAUCCAAUGAUUGGAUAUUACUGGUCAGCAUACAAGGUCUUCUGGUAUUUUUACUCUAUGUUCUGUUCACUGCUAUACUUCACGUAUCUCGGAAUGCUUUUAAUUUCAAUGACACCAAGCUUUCCAAUAGCUGCCAUUCUACAGUCAACUUUUUACACAAUGUUCAACCUGUUCUCUGGUUUCUUGAUUCCUCGACCGCAAAUUCCUAAAUGGUGGAUCUGGUUUUAUUAUUUGAUUCCUACUUCUUGGACAUUAAAUGGUAUGCUUACUUCACAAUAUGGAGACAUAGAAGAGGAAAUUAUGGUGUUUGGAGAAUCCAAAACAGUAUCAGCAUUUCUGAGAGAUUAUUAUGGAUUUCACCAUAGUGAGUUACCAGUUGUGGCUGUUGUUUCGAUUUUGUUUCCCAUUCUUUUUGCUUCUCUAUUUGCAUAUUGUAUUGGGAAGUUGAACUUUCAGAAGAGGUGAAACAUUGUACUCAUUUGGACUUAUUUAACUUGUACUAAUAUGUUCGUCGUUCGACUGCCAUUUUAUGUAAUAACUACAUAUACGAGAUAUAAUUAAAUAUCACGUAUUUGGUUUUCUAUGUUGUAAUAUUUUCUUGUCGCCUUUU